AUGGUCGACUCCUGCUGUGGUUGCAGCUGCUGUCAACCCUGCUGCUGCCAACCCUGCUGCUGUCAGACCACCUGCUGCAGGACUACCUGCUGCCACCCCUGCUGCUGUCAGACCACCUGCUGCCGCCCCAGCUGCUGCUGUCAGCCCUGCUGCUGCCCCAGCUGCUGCCAGACCACCUGCUGCAGGACCACCUGCUGCCGCCCCAGCUGCUGCAUCAACUCCUGCUGUGGCUGCAACUGCUGCCAGCCCUGCUGCUGCAGGACCACCUGUUGCAGGACCACCUGCUGCCGCCCCUGCUGCUGUCAGCCUUGCUGCUGCCAGCCCUGUUGCUGCCCCAGCUGCUGCCAGACCACCUGCUGCAGAACCACCUGCUGCCGCCCCAGCUGCUGCACAAACUCCUGCUAUAAAAUUUACACAGAACAUUCUGCGUGUGCCAGCUGUGAUCCGUCUUCUCAUGCCUCUCAAGUACAGGUCAUGGCUGUCUUCUUCCAGAGCCUAGAACUUUCUGCUGAGGACUUCCUCUAUGGAAAAGGAAACUCCAGGCAGGAGCUCAGGCCCCCAAUGGCACAGCUGCAACAGAGAGGGGAGCUGCCCUGCUGCUGCCAGACCACCUGCUGCAGGACCACCUGCUGCAGGACCACCUGCUGCCGCCCCAGCUGCUGCUGCCAGUGCUGCUGCCAACCCUGCUGCUGCCAGACCACCUGCUGCAGGACUACCUGCUGCCGCCCCUGCUGCUGGUAUAAAAGAGCAUGUGGGACAGAGAGCCUUCCAAACUGUUCAGCCACAUCUCCUUGCACACCCACCCACAACCUCCAUUCUCUGACACCAUGGUCAACUCCUGCUGUGGCUGCAGCUGCUGCCAGCCCUGCUGCUGCCAGACCACCUGCUGCAGGACCACCUGCUGCAGGACCACCUGCUGCCGCCCCAACUGCUGCUGUCAGCCCUGCUGCUGCCAGCCCUGCUGCUGCCCCAGCUGCUGCACUGAUUCCUGCUGCUGAGUCAUUUCAUCUGUGUCCUCCUGCUUUUCAGUAG